UAUAACGCAGCUUGGUUUAUUUCAAUUGGGUCACGUUAAACGCCUUUUCAUUUUAUUUUAUUUCAGUUGGGACGCCAUGACUUUAUAACGUAGUAGAUGCGUGCCCACGUUUGAGUUAUUCUGGCGUGAUCUUAUGUAAUUAAUUCAGGAUACCUGGAUUCCAGUAACGAACUAGAAAAUGUUGUUAAUGAUAGCCAUAAUAUUGUCACUCAGUCAAGUAUCUGCUCUAGAUAUUUGUCUAGAAAAGAAUUUGUAUGAUGACCAAUUUACUGGUUAUAGACAUAGGUACACCAUACCAGUGACACCUGCUGGGGAAACAUACAAACUAAUAGUACCAUGUGAACCAGAUACGUCAUCUUUAGCUUCAGCUGUCGGUGAGAUAACGUGUAUGAAUAGGAGCAUGAGCAGUUGGAGACAUCCUUAUUCAGCGGUUUGGGGAGACUUUCAAGUGAAAAUAAAGUGUCAUUCAGUUAGCAAUGACCUGACUGUACUAACCUUUGAACUCUAUACCAUAGUUAAGGACAGGACAGUUAUUAAUUAAGACAAGAGAUUAUACAAGGAUAUCACCCGUGACAACGCCAAGAAUUACUUGGGGAGAAUGAAAACAUUGACUUCGGACAUUUCAACUAUUACCGAUGUUUUAUAUACGACAUAUAUCUUAGAUAAGAUUGUGAAUUCGACCGACAUUUCCUAUCAACUUGAUGGCUAUUGUAGAGCAGCUCGAACUAAAAAUACCAACGUAUGAUGAAGAUGAUGUCGGAAGCAGCCAUGCACAAUUCGUUACUGAAACAAUGGUAGUGGAUGUGUGGGAUAUACGAUAUACUGACACGGAACCUGUGAUUGGUCUAAGGGUGGACGGGGAACUUAAUCAACCAAUGGAAGUAAACAACAUUGUUCCUAUACACGAUAAAAACCAUCUGUAUACUGAAAAUACAGUAGUUGGCAUCAGCUUAAAUAACGUACGAAAACUGUUUAACGGUAACAGUACAACAAAAAUCCGACUAGCUGUUCACGUAUUUAACAACUCCAGUUUAUUUACGACUAAUAUGAAUAACGACGAUGUGAUCAACAGUUAUAUAAUUGGAAUGACACUUGCUGUUGAUAACAAGCCGAUCAGAUAUUUAGAGCAUGAGCACGUCACGAUGGUCUUCCGUCCUAAUCAGAUAUUACAGGAACAUGUUAGAGAGAAGUACACAAAGUAUGGACAUUGGCAUGACUCCUACUGGUUCGAACAUUCCCUUUCAUCUAGUACAACGGAUGGUAAAGAUACCUGUACGACCGGAAAUUUGGGCACUUUUGUACUUAUACUAGACCAUGAUGGACUUAACUUUGUGAGAAAACUUUUCCUAAGUAAAAUGGUCAUAAUAGGAAUGAUUUUUUCUCUUAGUUGUUAUGCAUUUUGCUACUUGGGCUGGAUUUUUGUCAGAAAACUGAGAAGGGACACCUUCUGUGUACAUUUUCGCCUGGUACUGGCAGUCUUAAUUCCAUAUUCGUUAAAUCUGUGGUGGCUCGGCCAACCCGAUUGCCAUACUGAGGCUGUGGUACUACUGUAUAUAGUAACCUAUUUUAUCAGCUCUGCAAUGACCUGCUUGUUGACGGAUGGGAUUCUUCAUCAUUCUUUGUUUGUUAAAGUCAGAACGAAAAAAAGUUAUGUCGUACUUUCGAAAAGCUCUGAUAAAUCGUACGUGUAUUGUGUUUUGGGUCUUAUUGCAUGCCAGUGUGGGAUAUAUGUUCUUCCGGCAAACGCUGACGAAAUUGUCGUAGAUACCGUUCAUUAUAUUAUGCUGUAUAUGUGUGCUUACGCAUCCGUUGCUUGUAGCUUCCAUUAUAUAUUGUGGACAAUAGUACGUCGUUCCAAAAGCACAAACCUUUCUUGUCUUCAGAAGUUCCUAGCCUUCUGUUGUUCGGUAAUGUAUUGUGGGAUGAACUUAACAUUUGGAAUUCUGAUGUUACGUGAUGUUACCAUGCUAUACCAGACCAUCUUCGCCAUUGUCAACAUGGUACAGAAUUUGUUAAUUGUAAUCAGAUUUAUCGCCGGAUUUUGGUCAAACGAUGAAAUAGAUGACGAUGAGCAGCCAAUAACAGAAACAGAGUCCCAAUCGUCAAACGAUAAUGAUGGCAUUCUUGGACCACUUGACCCCGAUAAUGAUGGAGAUGCAAACACGCUCACAAAUAUUGGUGUCGUUGAUAACAUUGGAAACCAUGAGGAAAAGAAACCACUGACGGAAACCAGUCUUGAACCUAUCGUGGCAGUCGAUCUCGAUAGAGAAACACAGCCGGUAUUAUUCUUCACGGACUUCACUGAUGCUAAACGACCUUUCGCAACAACUGAUUUUGUUGGAAUUACUCAACCUGUGGCAUCGUCUGUUUAAUAAAUGCUAGUUGAUAUAUGAUCCUUAAUAUAUAGCCUGCGAUUCCAAAACAAGUCCUGACAACCAAAAUCAUUGCAUCUUUCCAGAUACCUCAUAACAAACAUGAAUUUGAGUUUUUAUUUGAUUUUCCAUUGUCAUUGCAAAUAUCAUACUUGAGAUCAUUUAAUUUUGAGGACCAAACUUAUAACCCAGUUAUUCUGGAAGGAAAAUACCCCGAAGUUAUUUUAAUUUACAUUUCCAAUUUUGCAAAAAUACCCCACAUCCUAUCUGUUGAAUGUAUAACCACUUCUUUUAGUUUAUCUCUAACAGGUUUUCUUUUUAUAAAUAUAGAAAUAGCUUUGAUUUUUGUUAUUUGUGCCUAACUUUAGAUUAUCCUGUCUCAAUUGCCUUGAUUUAUGUUAUUUGUUAGUUGCUUUUUUUUGUUCGAUUUUAAUUAUGAUAGUUUUAUUUUUUAUUUCAGUUAUUGUCUGAACUAUAUUGGGGCUAUUUUUAUGACAUAAUUGUUCUUUCACAAACAGAACUGAUAGGAAUUUCAAAUGGUGCUCUCAUCUGAUCCGCUUAUUUAAUGUCCAUUUAUAUCCAAUCCGGGAGCCACGGUGGCUAGGUGGUUAAGACGCAGGCUCGCUAGCCUGGAGGUCGGGUGUUCGAUCCCUGCAUUGGCCGAGAAAGUUCAUCAGGAUUUUCCGACGUGGUUUCCCCUUGUAAGUGGUGCAGAACGGAGGGCCUGACAAUGACAGCUGUCUAGUCCUUCGUAUGAGACGAAAAACCGAGGUCCCGUGUAUAUAUUGGAAUGCAGUUGGAAUUCGAUAUAAGAGUAGGCGUUAGUGCAGCUGCCCGGGCAAAUUUUCCCUCAUAGAACACUGUAUGGCGUAUGCCCGUCUUCAUUAGCCCAGUAUAGGGGUAGAACGU